CGAGCCCUCCGCCAGCUCGCGCGCGGGAGCGCGCGCGCGGGGGUGCUCGGUACUGCGCGGGCCCGGCGCGCCUGGCGGCCCCGUGGGGCCCAUGGCGGAGGGCAAGAAGAGCUCGAAGCGGAAGCGGGAGGAGAUGUGCACCGUCUCGGGCAAGGAGAUCGUGGACAGCAUCCAGAAGAAGAUGAGGAUGGUAGACGCCGCGGGCAAGGGCGAGAGCGGGACAAGGAAGGUCGAGCUGAGACUCUGCAAGGUGAAGGCGCCAGGCGCUACACUUGCAACGAGGUCUGGCACCGUGCAGGACUUGCAGGAGUACCUGAUCAAGUACCACCACUUCGAGAACAAAAGGAAGUUGCCCGUCAAGAAGCGCUUCUGCACCUCCACGGGGUUGCACGAACCCAAGAAGUGGGGCCACCUUAUCCGCGUCAAGGGGCACCUCCUGGGGUACGUUGUGGGCUACGAGCCUGCGGUUUCGAAGACGCACGGCUUCGUGAGCGUAUUUUGUUUUGACAGGGACGCCGUCGCGGAGAUAGGCGCGAUCGGCGUGAGAGUUAGCCCUGUAGACGGCAAGGAGUGCCACAUGAGAACUGCAAGAUUCUCGUGGUCAGAGAUUCCACAUGCCGGCAUGGACCUGGAGCAGGUGUGCGGACUGUUCCCGAUGAAAUUGCUGACCCCGAGGCUCGCAGAGGGCAGGCCGCACGAGAGGGCGGUCGAGGCGCCGAAGCCCCCGACCUGACGUGCACCUGCGCCGAUGCAGGCUUCACUCGGCCACUCGACGGGCAUCCUUCACUGUCACGCGUGUCAGCGGGGGGCCGGUGUCGGACCCGGCUGACGCCAGACCCCCGACCAUGUUGUCCCACCCGGGCAGCUUCCAAUGGAGUCGGUCAUCCUGUGGGCCCUCGCCUUCUGAUUCUCCACCCACGUGUACGGAUGUGCGGCCGUGCUGCCAGGUGACCAUCCAGCUUGAGGCGGCGGCGUGAGAAGGGCCAGGCUUGCGCGGAGGAGUUCGACCGAGAUGUCCUCCCCCCUUCCCUCGGCCAUGGAUUGGCCUGACUGGAGCUGGAAUGCUUACACUGCCCUCUGCUGGAGGAGACAUCCUUCCUCCUCCCUCCUCCUCCCCCUGCCUCCUCCUCCUCCU